AUGCUGCCAAUAGUGAAAAUAUGGCCAUUCAGAGGGUGGGCUUUGGACUUCAUUGAAAAAUUAAGGCCACCAUCUUUAGAUGGCCAUACUCAUAUUGUGGUGGCAACAAAUUAUUUCACAAAGUGGGUGGAGGCCAUUCCAUUAAAGACUUAUGAACAGUCAACAGUGAUUAAUUUUAUCAAGAAGCACAUUAUACAUAGGUUUGGAAUUCCAGAGACUCUCACCACUGACAGAGGCCUUUCCUUUGUUAGAAACAAAGUUCUUGAUUAUUGUGCUGAAUGUGGCGUCCAAGUGAUCCGUUAUGCUCCAUAUUUUACCCAAGCAAAUAAACAAGUAGAAGCUUCCAACAAAGUAAUUCUCAAUAUUCUUAAGAAAAUGAUUGAGAAUUAUUCUAAAGAAUGGCAUCACUUACUUUCUGAGGCCCUUUGGGCUUACAGAAAUUCAAAAAGAUUAAAUACUGGCGCCACACCAUAUAUGCUUACAUAUGGACAUGAUGUCGUCCUGCCAAUGGAGAUGACGAUUAGGUCUACAAGGGUGGCAUUCCAAAAUAAGCUAACUCCAGCAGAUUAUAACCAUGCCAUGUUGGUGGAAUUGGAAGACCUUAAUGAAGUCCGUCUUAAUGUCUUAUACCAUAUUAUUGCUCAAAAGAAGAAAGUCGUGCGAUCAUAUAACAAGAAGGUUAAGGCAAAGACAUUUGUUGAAGGGGACUUGGUGUGGUAA